UGCGCAGCUCAGUGUCGGGGUGAAGCUGGGACGGCUAAGAUGGCGACCAGUAACAGCCUGGACCAGGUGUCGAGUGCAGACGUGGACCACAGUGCUGUCGCUGACAUUGUUGGCUCACUUGAGACACCUUUGACCGCGCCAGCAAAAACCGCAUCAAAUCAAGCAGUAGAUGUUAGUGCCGAGGUGGGCGUGAGUGUGGGCGUGACCGGGACUGUGCAAGCUAAAACAAACGGUGGUAAAGUAGGGUGUCGAGGGGUCCCGGCGGUCAGCGGAGGCUCAGCGGUGUUAGCAGGCAAGGCUGUGGCUCCUGCUGGCGCGAGUGUCGCUGCUGCGUCGCCUCAGGUCCUGCAGGGCGCGGGGGUCGCGGCCGCGGCGCUGAAAGGGGACUGUGGUGCUGGCGCCGCCCUGCAGGGUGGUCCCCGCCUCCCCCUCAACGCCCUCAACAACGGAGCCGCGGGCGUGAAGCCGGUGUAUGGGGUGGGCCCCACGCCCAUGACAGGUGGCGCCCAGGGCACGCAGGUGGUGGUGAACGGGGGUGUGUCCGGGGGGGCCCACGCAGGCUCCCCGCAGGCCAGCCUGCAGGCCCAGCCAGCUCUCAAGGGACUGACCAAGGUGGUGACCACGGCUGGAGCCGCGGGGCAGCCCGCCGUCAUCAUGUCCAAGCCAGGCACAGUGACCGCCGUGCCCUCGACCGGCACCCCCGGCACAGUGCCCAUCCCCCAGGGCAUGCAGAUCCUCAACAUGCGGCCCAACCAGGCCAUCAAGACCACGCAGGGCACGACCACGCUCGCCCCCAGGAUGAUCCUCAGCCCCGCGCAGGUCCUCCCGGGGAUGCGUCCAGGACAGCCCGGGAGUCAUGAGAAAUAUGAGUAG